CUGUGUAACCCGUCUGUAGUCACUGCCACUAGAGGGCGCUGCUGUGACUGACCUAACUGGAUUCGGGCAUUCGGAAGGCAGGACUGAAAACAGGACUCCCGUUCCCUAAUUUGCGGCAAUCUGAUAUGGGAACCAAAUUCUCAGAGUGGAAUAUUAUUUGGAUAAUUCAUAUAUUUACUACAAUGGAAGCUUUAAGAGGUCUUGUACCAAAAUCAGGCAUCGUUCUAUUAAAGCCGGCCUCAGCCGUCUAUUUGGGGUCUAACGUUUCCAUCAUCUGCGUCGCUACCAGAGACCCCUGUAAUGGGAGAGGGGAAUUCUUGUUUCGGUUGAAUAGAACCACGAGACAGCCGGACCGGGGGAAUCAUACGUCGUCCAUGCUUCAGCUCUUCAGUGUGACGGAAAGCCAUCACGUUAUUUGUCACCUGGAAUGCGACAGGUGGAAGCAUCUUGUUGACGUGGUCUGGUUGCGAGUCGGAUAUCCUCCUGAUCCACCCAGACAUGUAAAGUGUUCAUUGGAUGAAAGUUCCACUGAGAUGCGUUGUGAAUGGGACCCAGGCCGGGAGACAAGGUUACCCACAAACUACAGUGUACUUGCAAGAAAUCUACAGACAGGACAAGAGGCCACAGUGAGGGGGGAGGCGGCUGCUGUAACUAUCCCAGUGAACAGGACUGAGAAUGGAACGUAUACAAUUCAAAUUACUGCUGCAAACCAACUCAGUCAUUCUGAAUCGGCCGUUGUACUGGUCCAGCUGGCAGAUAUAGUGGUUCCCGUGACACCUGUGAUCACUAAGAUUGAUGUCCUGGUGUCAAACUUUGUAAUUUCCAUCAAUUGGCGGAACCAGACUUCAGAGAACCUGCGUUACUGCGAACUGGAGUAUAGCAAGCUGAGAGAGCCGACGUGGACGUUGGUUGGGGAGAAAAUCAACAAAAACAAUUGUCUUUCUAUUGGGAAAAUCCAGAAUGCGCAUUCCCUGCGCGUGCGAUGCCGGGAGGAGACGGGAAGCAGUUACUGGAGUAAGUGGAGUGACCCGUAUGUGAUGCCGCCGUCAGCCCCAGAGGACAAUCCUAAUGUUUGGCGGGUUCUUGGUCCAGAUUACCCUGACGGGAGCCAGGAAAUCUCCAUCCUUAUUUCGCCGGAUCCUGAUGAAUUGCCGCAGAGAAGAAUCACCGGAUAUAAAGUGUUUUACUUACACAGAGGGAUAGAGUCUGUUCUCCGGGACUGCUCUCCGUCCGGCAUACAAUGUGUAGCUGUGUUACCCAAAGGCGUAAAGACAGUAUUUAUAUCAUCCUAUAAUCGCUACGGGACAUCACCGGCAAGCGAAAUACCAGUCUGGGAGAACGCGGAGUCUGGAACACAAAACCUUACCGUCUCAUCUGGACUCCUAACCUCCAUGCCAGUCCAGUGGCAGCAUCCGUGCUGCUCUGGUGACAAUCUCCGGAGCUUCAUUCUGCAGUGGUCUCCCGACUCCUGUGAUGGGAAACAGAAGACGAUAUCAUGGCAGAAGGUUGAGAAGGAAGAAACCAACUUCACCAUAAACGAUAAUGUGGCUGCAGGAGCCGCGGUCACUAUAUCUGUGUAUGCAAUGUACAGCUCCGGAGUCAGCAGUCCGAGCAUCGCCCGUGGUUACAGCCAAGAACUGAAACCCAAGACAGGUCCUAAAUUAGAGAAGGAUGCAAGACGUAUCUGGUGGGAUGAGAUUCCUCUGUGUGACAGACGAGGGUUUAUCACGGAAUACACGCUGCAUCUGGAGUCAAACGGCUUGCAAACCAAAAGUAAAUUACCAGAAUCCACACGACACUUUGCGCUGGACAGACUGGAUCCCAGUGAGCUGUACUCUGUGUGUAUCUCCGCCUCCACCAGUGCCGGAGAUGGCCCUGCGGACCACUGCACUCUUAUCCAUCCCGAUAACAGUCUGCACAGCUAUAUUGGGCUCCUGCUGGGGAUCGGCGUUGGUGCCAUUGCUUUGACCAUUCUCUUCCUGAAUGUAUCCACGAUUGGGGAAAGGUUGAAAACAGCUGUAAUGGUCUUUCUCCCGAAAUAUCUGCAUGAGGAAUUUCCCCGUGUAGAUAACAGCAAAGCAUUGAAGGCUCUGCAGGCAAACAGGGAAGAUGCGGAGCCCACCUCCUGCCCGACAUAUAGUGACCCUGAAAUCACUGAGGUACAAGAGCUCAUAAGUUACCCGGUCCCAAUGGCAGAAGCCUUCGAAGUCGCCGAGGAGACAGCUGCAGAGGACGAGCCGCUUCUUACCCACCCGACCAAUGACGAACUUCCUGAGCAAACACUGGGAUACAGGCCACAGCUUGCAGAGCCCAAGAUCCAGAGAAACGAUUCAUAUUGCAGCCCCACUCAUAUGCUGGACAUUCAGAGAGUCACUCAGAGGUUGGAGAGUCCUAGACUUACCUCGGACAUGAAGGAAAACACCGUGUUAUGGGACUCUGGGGCUGAAAUGGAUCUAAAUGUUUUCAAAGCGAUUAAACUUCUUCAAAUCGAUGGUAUUGAUCAGAACAAAGACUCUGGUCCCCUGCAGGCAGCAGCCAACGACAAUUCCAGGAGAAUCCAUAGGGAAAACCCAGUAGAAACGCAGACUGUUCCAACUGACCAACUAAUCUGUACUUUGCCAGGUGGCCUUAAGGAAUUCACUGAUGUCCAUUCCUAUUUUCCACAAAUUUUUGCAAAAGGGAAAUAACUUGCGUGGUUGCAUCAGAGCUGGCUUUUGACUUAUAAGAUCUGUUUGUCUCUGAUGGAAAAGCAGAUGUGUUGUUGGACACCUGCUCAAUGUAUUGAGUUAUGAACUCAUGGAUCGUUCUUCAUCAGAACAUCAUCGUUCUGCACUAGUAUGAGGUUACGGUCUUCAGUCAUGAAAUGCGUUGGAUACAUGGGCGAAUCUCCUUGGUUUGGUACAGUCUGGAUUGUUGCCCGGUGCACUGUAAGGGGCAUAACUAUUCUCUAAUCUUGGGAAACACUUCUGCUGAGUAGAGUGCUCCUAGGAUUGUGGAGAGACGGUACAUUGGGAAGAAUGGCGCACUGUGCAACUUUUCAGUUCCUCUCCUGCAUAGUUUACUCUCACUUGCGUCUAGAAUUGAAGUGCGUUAUUAACCCCAUUUGCUCCCGUGAAAUUCCAGUUGUUCCUGCAAAUUUCUUAUAGAAAGUCUGUUGCAGAAGGAAAUAAUAAGACGGAUCACAAUCAACAAUAAAGUAUAAUUUCUAACUUUGAUUCAUAGAAGCGAAUCUGCAUGAACUCAUCGCGGACUAAUGUAUUGACUACAGAUUAGUGCUAGCACUGUCCGCUCCUGUAUUCCUUAAAUACAGGUGUCACCAAAUACAAAAUUGACAUCUAGAACCCGAGCCAAAAUAUAGAUAAUUGUUCAAAAUGUUCAAAAACACAGAUCUGUAUAUGUGGAAACCACCCAAGUAAACCUUAAACAAUU